AUGGAUUAUCCACUAAGAGCGGCAGAAGGAAGUUUCCGAAGGCGGGAUGAGCUAUUCAAUAUAAUGAACUGGCUGUGUUUCGCUUUCUUGAUCGUUUCUGCCAACAUAAUGGAUGGAUGCUUUCUCAAUUCCUGUCCUUACCGCAGAUACGGUCGUACGAUUCCUUGUGAAUCAUGUGGUGAGUUCAUGAAUUUCCAUAGAUGGAUUUUGAACAAUCAAGUUCGUAACGUUUUUAAACUGCACGAACCAGAAGAUGAAAUUAUUAUAUAG